AUGGCGGGUCAUGCAAGGAGUUUUUCCGAUGUGAUCGACUUCGUCGCGCUAUUAAGAGAGGUUGAAGCUCGCAGUGCGCGUCCGUACGCGCAAAUACCGCUGCGUGUGCUGAGGGACCGCGAAAAUCCCACGGAAAUCUUCAAUGAGGACGAGUUCCUAAGCAGAUACCGCUUCUCGAAGCGAGCGGUUCUCGAGCUUCUCUCCGUGCUGCCGCUGGAACCGAGCCUCGACGGUCGCGGUUGCCCUGUGCCGCCACUUCUGCAGGUUCUGGUGGCCCUCCGAUUCUACGGCGCCGGCACUUUUCAAGUUGUGAGGGCGGACUUGGUUAACCUAUCUCAGCCGACAGCGUCCCGCAUCGUUAAACGAGUGACGAAAGUUAUUGCGGGUACGUUGUUCCCUGGGCUCGUCAAGUUGCCGGAUGUCACACAAGCAGGGCAAGUGAUGGAAGAAUUUUAUCGCAUUGCCAAUUUUCCUGGCGUGACGGGAUGCAUCGACUGCACUCAUGUCAAUAUCAAGAGCCCGGGAGGCGACGAUGCGGAGGUCUUCCGCUACCGGAAGGGAUAUUUUUCCAUCAACGUGCAGGCUAUCACGGGACCUCGGCUGCAGUUUUUUGAUGUUGUGGCCAGCUGGCCCGGCUCGAACCACGACAGCCGAAUAUUUGACAACAGCCACGCUCGAGUUCGCUAUGAGCAGGGUGAUGUUCCUGGCCUGCUUUUGGGAGACAUGGGUUAUGCAUGCCGUCGCUACCUGAUGACUCCACUUAAGGACCCUGAAAACGCCGCAGAGUUCAGGUACAACCGCUCCCACAAGAAAACGAGAUGCUCGGUGCAGAGGGCUUUUGGCAUUUGGAAGAGGAGAUUUCCGUGCCUCGACAUGAGAAUGCAGAUCAAAGCAACUACAUCUGCUCUGGUUAUAACAGCGUGUGCUGCGCUACACAAUUUCAGCCGGCACCUGCAUGACCCUCUUCCCCAAGACGACCAGGUCGUGCAGCCGCAGUCGUCUUCAUCGCCCGCCCCUGCUGCAGCACAUGGCUCUGCCGCACAGCCGAGUGAUGCAUUGCCGCCAGGUGAGCCAGUGGACACGGAAGACGGAUUCAGAGCCCGCAGGCGCAUUAUUCGGGACUACUACUCUCGCUAAGGACACAUCGAAAGCAAGCAGUCGACCCUGUCAUAAAUGAAUGACUGAAUAAACUUUAUUCUAUGUCACUCCGGCAGUUUCUUUCGGGCGGGGUGGGGGGAAAGUAUGUAAUUUAUUGUAGCUGCUUCUUCAGCAGCUCCACUUUUAACUUCAAGAGAAGGGACUUUGCUUCUGCAUUCUUCAAUUUUUGGUCAUUAAUUGCCUUUCUUUCUUUUCCAUCUGCUCGCAUCAUGCGCAUGCGAAACAAGUGUUCC